AUGGCUUCUCUAGUGAUUUUCAUUUUCCAGCUUAUGCAUGUUUGUUGGAUGCUUGAUAAGAUUGAGACGGGUGAUGAGGAUGAUGAAGAGGAGUCCAAAGCCUCAUAUUCAGAAAUAAAUGGUGAUUUGGUGUUGUCAAAAAUCACUGAAAUGAGACUUGUUCCUUCAGAUGCUGGAAAAUACUUUGAUUGUCUUCUUAUCAAGUCUUCACAAAGAGAUCACAGUUUCCAUUUAUGUGAUCUUCAGGAUCUUGAAAUUGUUCAGGAGCAUAGGAAGACUGAGCAUGCCGAUAGUGAUGAGAUUUGUCUUGUCGAUGUGACAACUGUCUACCCUGUUAGUCAUAGACAAUUGGAUUGUCCGACUUGUUCUCCUCUUGGAGCAAAAGAAGACUGGCAUAAGGAACUGGCAAAUGGUCAAAACAAGUUUAAUAAUAAGGAGCACACAUAUAGCUUGAUAUCUGAAUUGCUUCCCUUGCUGAAACAUAUCUAUCAGAACCAAUUAAAUGAGAUGGAAGUAAAGCAAGGGGAUCAAGAAGGUGGAUUUUCUGGUGUACUUCUUCGAGUAUAUGAGCCUCACAAUGAGCUUGUUAACUGGUAUGUCUUCACAUCUGUAACACCUCUGAGAAUUUCGUAA